GAACUGGCAUCAACACCAUCGUCACACACCGUUCCACCAUCCCCUCCCUCUCCCCCCUCUCCUCCCUCCCCUCCCUCUUCCCCCUCUCCUCCCUCUCCUCCCCUUCCUCCCUCUCCUUCCUCUCCUCCCUCACCUCCUUCCCCUCCUGCAUCUCCGUCGCCCCCUUUUUCUCCUCCAAUCAUUCCUCCACCUCCCCUCCCUCCUUCCGCUGCCCCUUCUCCCCUCCCUCCACCCCAGCCCCUGUCACCACCACCACCACCAACGCCAGACCCCCCUCUCCCCCUUCUCCUCCGCCUGCCCCUCCUUCCCCUCCUCCUCCUCCUUUCCCUCCAUCCCCUCCCCCUUCCCCUCCCUUCCCCCCCCCAUCCCCUCCCUCCCCUUUUCUCCCCUCAUCUCCCCCUCUUGGUGACAUGAACUCCCCCACCUCCCCUCCCCCUUCCCCUCCCAGACCCCCCUCCCCCCCUGCUCCUCCCCCUGUCCCCCCCUCCCCUCCGCCCCCGCCUUCUCCCUCUCCUGUGCUCGCCCCUCCCCCUCAAAACCUCGUUCCCCCACUCCCCCUUCCCCCCACAACCGCUCUCCCCCCUUCCUCUCCGCCUUCCCCCUCGACCUCAGCACCCCCACCACAAGAGCCCCCUGCGCUUCUUUCCCCUCCCCCUCCUCCCCCUUCCCCCUCCCCGUCCCCUCCCCAAUCCGCCCGUCCCCCUCCCAUUCCGCCUAGCCCACCCCCCGUCUCUCCCCCUUCCCCCGACUCUCCCCCGCCUCCCGUCCCCUCCCCCCCUGCGCGCCCACACCCCCCACCUGCCAACUCUAACGAUAUGGGUAAUGCCACAGAACCUCCCCCUCCCUCACUCCCUAAUCCCCCUCCCUCACUCCCUCACUCCCCCCCUCCUCCUACUCCUCUCCCUCCCCCCCCGCCUGCCCCUGCUCCCCCGCUCUCCCCAUCCCCUCCACCCCACUCUCCCCCAUCUCCCCCCACUCCCCCGUCCGUCUUCCCACCCUCACCUCCCCCCUCUCCUCCUUACACCCUCGGUCCUGUCCUCCCAGCUCCUGUUCUCUCCCCUCCCCUCCCCCCCUCCCCACUCCCCUCCGCACCCCCCGCCGCACCCCACUCCUCCUUUCCCUUCUCCGAACUUCCCCCCUUCUCCCCCCAUUUCCAUCCUCCCUCCCAGCCCUCCAAAACAGCCUCCUCUCCCCCUCUCUCCUCCCUCCCCUCCUCCUCUCACACACUCACCACCCCUGGCACAACCACCAACCAACUCUCCUGCACCAGAAUCCCCACCAACUGCCCCCCCUGCCCAGACACCUACGUCCUCCUCCCCUCCCCCACCCCCUCCUCCGCCUCCCCCGCCGUCCCCCCCUCCGCCCCUCCGCCCUGCACCUGCGGCCUCCCCAUGGUGGUGGUUAUGAAGCUCUAUUGCGGCUUCGACUCCUUCCUCCUCUCCCUCCCAGCCUUCACUGCCCAGACGGCCACCUCCCUUGUGCUGCGGAAGGAACAAGUGGAGCUCUAUUGCGGCUUCGACUCUUUCCUCCUCAACCUCCCCGCCUUCACUGCCCAGACGGCCACCUCCCUUGUGCUGCAGAAGGAACAGGUGGAGGUAUGGGCAGUGAACAACGACCCUGAUCCUGCUGCUCUGAAUGUCACAGUGUGUGUUGUUACCUCUUCACCCUCUUCCCCUUCCUUUUCCCGCAUUUGUAACCUGGUUACCACAUUCAUGCUGCAGGUGAGAGGAAGAGAGUACAAGUGUGAGACAGGGAAGAUGAAGGGAGACAGAGAGGGAGAAGCCUCUUUUGAGUGGAGAACUGCUGUUGAGCCGAUCGCUCGUGCUGGACCACCCCCUCCUCUUCUCUCCCCCUCCACCUCUCCCGCCCCUCUCCCCCCCUCCUCCGCCUCCUCCUCCUCCCCGUUCUCCCCCUCGCCUCCCUCCAUUCCACCCCCUCCUGCCUGCGGGGGAAUGCCUUACUGGAAGGCCAUGCUUAUGAUCGUUCUCCCCUCCUUGAUCCUCGCGAUUAUUCUCAUCUAUGUCCCUUCCCCUCCCUCUCCCCCCUCUACCCCCCUCCCUCCCCCCUGCUCUCCUUCCCCCUUGUUUCCCGCCUGCUUUUUCCCCAGGCCAACGCCCGCCUCCGCCCCCGCCUCUGCUCUCCCCCUCCACUUCUCCUGCCCUUCUACCCCCGUCCUCCGCCUCCUCCUCCUCCCCGUUCUCCCCCUCCCCUCCCUCCAUUCCACCCCCUCCUGCCCCCGCGGGCAUGCCUUACUGGAAGGUCAUGCUCAUGAUCGUUCUCCCCUCCUUGAUCCUCGCAAUUAUCGUGCUCUGUGUGGUGGUCUGGUGCGUGAGGAGGAGACCGUUGGAGAAAGCAGGGAAAGGGGCUGCGAAACUGCCACUGGUGGUUUCCACCCGAGCAACCUGAUUGGCCGAGGCGGAUCCAGCCAGGUGUUCCGGGGGUGCUUGCCGGGCGGCAAACUGGUCGCCGUGAAGAGAUUUGAUUCGCCGCCCGGGGCGGAGAGGGAUUUUAUUACGGAGGCCCGGCUGCUGAGCCGGCUGAACCACAAGAACGUGGUGAAGCUUCUGGGAACCUGCGACGAGGGCGGCGUGCGUUGUCUUGUCUUCCAGCUAGCCGAAAAGGGGAGCCUGAGGGAGCACCUCCAUGAGAGCAAAGUAAAAUCCGAAUUGAUACCAACUGCUGCAGGACACAGCAGCGACCAUACAGACUCUAAUUCGACUGCAGAUGACCCUAACAAGUCCCUCCUCCCCUCCUCCGCCCUCGCCUCUGCCACCCUUCCCCACUCCACCCUCCCUUCCUCCACCCUCCCCUCCUCCCUCUCCGUCCUCUCCCCUACUCCUGCCCUUCUAGACUGGUCCGCGCGGCUGAAAAUAGCUCUGGGGGCGGCCCAGGGGUUAGCUUACCUGCAUGAGGACUCUAGUCCGCAGAUUAUCCACCGGGAUUUAAAGACGUCGAAUAUCCUGCUGGAUGCUGAUUGGACGGCCAGGAUUGCGGAUCUGGGGCUGGCGAGAGUGGUGAGGGAGAAGGUGGGGGGUGGCGGGAGGGGUGCGGGUGGGAGGGGAAGUGGGGAGGGGGAGGCGGUAGAGGAGGGAGAGAAGGGGGAGGAGGGAGAGGAGGGGGAGGAGGGAAGUGGGGAGGUGGGAGGAGGACAAGCAGGAGGAGAAGGAGAAGAAGGAGAAGGACGAGGAGGAGAGGAGAGAGGGCUGGAGUCCCAGCACAUGCGAGGCACGUUUGGAUAUAUGGCUCCAGAAUACGCGCUGACAGGCAGAGUGGCGACUAAGAGUGAUGUGUUCAGCUUCGGUGUUGUUCUACUUGAAGUGCUGUCGGGCCGCCCCGCCCUUGUGUCUCUGGAGCAGACUCAACAGUCACCUCUGCCUGACCGCCCUGCCCUUGUGUCUCUGGAGCAGUCUCAGACGGUUGGUGAUGCAGCAGCAGCAGCUGUGGAGGAGAGUGCAGCGGUUGUAAACGGUGCAAAUGGUGCUGUAGGAGCCGGGGUAGCGGUAGCUGGUGCAGCAGCAGCCGAGGAGGAGAGUGCAGCAGUUUUGGAAGGUGCAGGUGCAGCAGCAGCAGGAGCUGCAGGAACUGGAGGGCCAACGCUGGGUGUAUCGAGCAUCGUGCUCUCCUUACACGUGCAUGCGUGCAUGCCUGUGACUUUUGAGUCGACUCCAGACGGCUCGAAAGGAGAGAGUGAGCCCUCAGCGGGGCCAGCCAUGGGGGACGUGGUCCAAGCUCUUCGCUCUAUCGCCUUCGAGCACUCUCCCAUGACCAGCGCGACCAUCAAUGGGAGACGUGGUGCAGGCCCUCCGUGCCAUCACCUUCGAGCACUCCCCCAUGACCAGGUGCGUGUGUGUGUGCUGCUCUUCCCCUUUCUUCUCCCCCUCACCAGGACGCUUCUUGCCCCUGUGCCUUGCCUUACUCACUUCCUCCUCCCAUUUUCCUAUUUCGCCCCUCCCCAAACCGCCCCUUCCCCUUCCCCCAUCCCUCCCCUGAUGCUGCUCCCCAGCCAUUCUCAUUCCGCCUCUCUCCACCCCUCCGGGCCCCCUUUAACCUCACCGCACCACCUCUCAACCACUCACCAACCUCCCACAUCCCAACAGCCUGUCACCGCUCUCCACCUCUCCGCACCGCUGCACCAACUCCCCCACCGCUCCACACCCCAACCCAUCCCAGGCGAAGCCUCAGCGUCAAGUUCGGAUCUGCCGAACCUGGCAACCCGGUCUGGUUCGGCCGGACCAGGUUGGGCCUGGCCGAAUGCAGCAGAGGUUGCUACCACAGAUGCUAACAGGCAGGGCUCUGGCUUUGAUCCGCCUCAGGAACAGUUCCCCCUCUCCACCCCACACUCUCUCCCCCGCUUCCCUCCCUCUCCCUCUCACUCGCCCCACUCCUCCCAACUCUCUCACUCGCUCCCCUCUCCCUCCGCCUCUCCAUAUUCUACUCAACCUUACAAUACAGCUGCUCUCGCUACCGCCUCCCGUGCCGCAUCCCCUCCCGCCUCCCCAAAGGCCUCCCCCUAUGCUUCCCCCUAUGCCACCCCCUCUGCUGCACCCUCCUCCCCCUCUGCUGCUCCGUCCUCCCCCUUGCAUCUGGGUGACCUCUCCCCCCAGUCAAGAGGCGGCAUUCCAAGGCUGCUCAGGAUGAGCAUUCGAGGCCUCGACUACAGGUACAGUACAAGCCUGGAGCACAGUGGUGACAUGGCUCUCGAUGCCUCCUCUGCAUCGCUCCCAUACAGCCAGCCUCCCUCACAGGCAAGUGCACUUCUCUAUCACACCCUCUCCCUCUUUCCCUUCUCCCCUCUUCCUCUCAAUCCUUCUUCCCUGCUCCCCUGCCUCCUCCUCUCUUGA